AUGCAUCGAGUUACGGCGGAUAAUCUCGAACGGUCGAUCUUUACGUCGUCACGCCCGGAAGAUAAGCUGCAUUUUUGCGUUGUCGCCUUCAGCAAGACCUUCGCAGCAACAUACAAUCAUGGGCCACACGAAAACCUCGUGCCGGGCCGCAUCGUCAACUUGUUCAACGUCAGAGACCCGUCACUCCAAAUAGAGACCCGUGUUCGUGGAUCUUCAAAUAUUUAUGACGUGACCGUUUUGGAGACGGUUACUGACGAAUUUCCGCAUUACCCUCGAUCAUCCGGGACCAUGUUUGGAGGGCAAUCGUAUCGGCAGUUGGGUGUCACUUCAGAUCGAACGCUGACUUGGAAAGAUGGCGUGAUCUCCGAGCGGCGCGACAUGUACGCUAUCGGGAGCGGCCACGGGAAGUCGGGAGAUUCUGGUUCCGGAGUCUACUCGACCGACGGCUUAUUUUUGGGUCUAGCGAUAGGCAAAAAGAAUUUUGCUUUUGCGCAAAUUCACAACAUGCUGGUCGAAGAAAUUGCCGACCAUCACCCGGACACGCAAAUGAUCUCGGCCGAGCUGAUCAAGGUGGUCGGCAACAUCGUUCCUGAUGCAAAACAAUACGGCCCAUCC